AUGUCGGUUUCGAAGCAGGCAGGCACACUGUUGGAAAACCUUCCUCAACGUUUGGUGAACUUCUUCGCUCGGUAUCCUCCACAAACCCACUCCGCAGCCGUCCGUCGCCCUGCCCCUGCCAAUGGGGAGGGCUAUGUACCAAUGAAGGUGGAAUCCCCAUACACGCCAGACCGUGACGCGAAGGGUGCCCCAGGAGAGAAAAAGUAUGGCUGGACUCCUUCGCGUGCACUCCUCGUGACCAGCAACGAACUCCGCAACCCAUUUCUUCCGCACAAGCGAUUCGGCAAAUGGGAAGCACCGAAAUAUGGGCUGCGUCAGCAAGCAGAUCUAAUGAAGCUUGCCAUCAAAUACAAUGUGGAGGCACUUCUUCCUCCUAGUCGCAAGUCACCUGAAUUCAAGGAGACACGGCGUGCGGAGCGUGGCUUGCAAAUCAAGGGAACUGGUGUUGGCCAUAAGGUCAAGGGUCACAAGUGGGAGCGCACCAUGGAGUCGCGUCUCGAGGAUCGUCGCAAAGCAAUGGAGGGAAUGCCGGAAAUGGUCAGGCUGUGGAAGCAGGUCAUGGCCGUGGCUGGAGACAAUGGCCCAAGCGUUUGUUCAUUCUGGCUUUCCAAUGCUCUGUCGAUUCCAACGCGAACUGGAUCGACACAAAUACUUGUACGAGCCAUAUCAGGAGCUUGGGACGGAGUUUUGUUUUUGAAGUAUACUAUCAACCCCAUCUGUACAAUACAAUCUACGGUCACAUCGCCCAAUGGUGCCCAAGAAAGUCAUUUAUAUGUAUCUGGCCGCUGUUGUUUUUCGUCAUCCUCAAUACCAAUAAGAAACCUACUUGCUCCCGGCUGA